UAACACGUCUAAAGAGGGUAGGACAUACUUCUGUAAACAGCCAAAACUCCGUACGCAUACAGGUAAGCUGGAGGAUUGGUGACAGAGGCUUGGACUUGAAGACGCACGUCUCAGCAGAAGAAAUGGCUACGUCACCUCCUCAAGUGAUCCCAAGAAAGCCUUCAGCUCUCAGACCUCUGACUUCACUUAGAGAGCAGCCUCCUCCAGGUGGGCUGCCCAUCGUCACAGAAGCUGACAAAGUUCCCUCAGAGAAUGGAGCCAACGGGAAGUCAAACCAUUUAAAACUGAUGACUGCAGAGAGAGAAGUUGAAAUCUUGAAUCGCUGCUUCGAAGACAUGGAAAAGUUCAUGACUCGCUUGCAACAGACUGCAGAAGCCCAGAGCGUUCUCAACCAAAGGACCAAAAAGAAUGGCAAGAAAAACUCCAAAAAUGCAAAACAAGGAGAUGACCUGUUGACCAAAAAAGCGAUCCCUCCGUCAGAACAGGAAUUUGUGGACAUCUUUCAAAAAAUGAAGUAUUCCUUCUGUUUACUGGAUCGCCUGAAGUCAUCUAUCUCACAGCCAGAUGCACCAGAUCUGCUUCACCACAUCUUUGUUCCUCUCAGACUGAUGGUGAACACCACUGGAGGGCCAACAUUAGCUGCAACUGUGGAGAGUCCAGCUAUGACUAGAGGUGCUGUUUCUCUACUCCAAGAGCACCUAAGCGACGAUGAAAAAGAGCUGUGGACAUCACUGGGCCCCAACUGGACCUCACAUAGUUCACAGCUGAGUAUUUCUGCUCCUCCAUAUGUUCCUGUGUUCCUGGAUGGGUGGCAGCCUCAGGCUUCAGAUCCAGCCCAAAAUCUGAUAGAAGAUCCUGUCCAGUUACAGCACAAAGAGGAUGCUCUCAAUGAAAGCAGGCAGAGGCAGAGGCAGCAAGCAUAUGUCCAACCUUCAGUCAAGAACCAUGGAGAAGAGACAGAGAACGUAAAUGAAAACGGUCUUCCACCAAAUGAGGAAAGGAUGUAUUUCUGCAGUUAUGACUUCGUGGCUAGAAACAGCAAUGAACUCUCAGUGCUGCAUGGAGAAACACUAGAGGUUCUUGAUUCAUCAAAUCGUUGGUGGAAGUGUCGGAAUACAUACGACGAGAUAGGAUUUGUUCCAUCUAAUAUUCUUGAGCCUUUGUCUGCAGUAAGUAACAAAGAAAGACAGCAUCCGGUGCUUCGAACAGAGUCAAAGAAAGUGCCUCUCACCCCUCGGACCAAGUGUUUCUCGUAUGCCCCAUCGAGCACAGAGGGGUUAAGCCCGACCAGCCCAACAGAGCGUUCUCAGAGCGUCUUCCUCGCAUCUAGCAGGAUGUCAAGGGAAGAUGGUGAACGAGUCAUGUUCAUGAACGAUGAGCUUCUGCAGCGGCUGGCGAAGAAAAGGAACUCAAUUGAACAGACGGAGGUUCCCUCUGCAGCUCCCACCUCUGUCCCUCUGAACUACAAAUCCCCAAGUGCUGAGGUGAAGGCCUGGCUCACAGCGAAGGGCUUCAGUCAGGAGACAGUCCAGAGUCUGGGAGUUUUAAAUGGAGCCCAGCUUUUCUCCUUACAAAAUGAGGAGCUCUGCCAAGUGUGCCCCUCUGAAGGAGAGCAUGUUUACAUUCAGAUACUCGGACAGAAGGCUCUUCUCGAGGACGUGCGCAAAGUUUCUUUACUAGAGACAGUGAAGGAGAAAUGAAAUCCGACGACUGACCUGGAUUAGUGCCCAAUAAAUAAUGCAGGAAUCAAUGCUGACUUUUAAAGAUAUGGGGCCAAACAACUGUACAUGAAGGAUAUAUAAAUAUAUCAGUUACUCUAAAACAUGAAGGUUACAUAAAUGUAUUAAUUAUAACGUGGUGUACCUGCACUGACACACAAACAUUUUGCUUUACUGCUUUUCAAAACACACUGCUAACUUUGUCCCAAUUGUUUUCAUUUUCUUUUUCUAAAUAUAGCAAAAAUAUAAGCUUGUGUAUGAAGGUAACAUUGAUGUAGUAAAGACACAGGAUAAUAUUCUCAGCGACAUUUUAUAAAAAUAAAUGCUUUUAUUAUUUUUAUUUUGUUAUCGUUAAAUGUCAGUUUAAUUGCUAUUAACCAAUAUGUGUACACUAACAAUGCAAA